GUCCCGACGAGAUGCCCUUUGACAAACCUAGGGCAGUCCCACUGACCACCUGCGACUUCUACCCCGCGAGCUGAAAUACGCAUACAAGAGGGGAUAACCAAUUUUCAAGACGCCUUUCGAAUAUUCACCAAGUCUUGUGUGUCCGAUUCCAUCCCCUUCUCUCUCCAUAUCCGUCAUCGCUGGCCCUGGCCGCCCCGCGCUCCCACCAUGCCCGACUUCAAGCUCUCGGCCCAGCUGCUCGGUCACGAGGCUGAUGUCCGCGCUGUCUGCUAUCCCAACCCCGAUGCCAUCAUCUCCGCUUCCAGAGACCACACCGUCCGGGUCUGGAGCAAAACCUCCGCUUCACCCCCGGCGUUUGACGGCUCGACGGCCGCCGUAGGCCAUGCGUUCAUCAACUCCCUCUCAUAUCUCAAACCCUCCCAGGAUUACCCAGGCGGGCUCAUCGUCUCGGGUGGCCAGGAUAGCAUCAUCGAAGUACGAAAACCCACAUCGACUAGCCAUGACAACGCCGAACGGCUUCUCAUCGGCCACGCAAACAAUGUCUGCGCUUUAGACGUCUCGCCAAAGGGCACCUGGAUCGUUUCGGGAGGGUGGGACGGACAAUGCCGGGUCUGGAUGGUUGGCAAAUGGGAAACAGAGAUGCUGCUGAACCAUGACUCUAGCAAGAGCGUGCUGGCUGUGCUUGCUCUGGACGAAAAUACCGUCAUCACUGGUUCUGCGGACCACCAAAUACGCAUCUUUGACCUGCGCAGGAACACCGCUGGCGAGGUCGAGCCAAGGGCGACAAUACCUACACCGGAAGUCGUGCGUGCCUUGUGCAAACUCCCGACAGGUAUCAAGGGCCAUCCGAGCGGUGCCGAGUUUGCGAGCGCCAGUAACGACGGAGUCAUACGGCUGUGGAAGCUUAGCGGCCGACAGGCUGAAGAGCUUCAUGGGCAUGAAAGCUUCAUAUACUCACUCGCGUGCCUUCCCACCGGGGAGAUUGUAAGCUCAGGAGAAGACCGCACUGUCAGGGUCUGGAAUGGCACCAAGUGCAUACAGACCAUCACCCAUCCUGCGAUAUCUGUUUGGUCCGUUGCCGUCUGCGCAAACUCGGGCGACAUUGUCUCCGGCGCGAGUGACUCUAUCAUCCGUGUCUUCAGCCGGAGCCCCGAACGAGAAGCACCUGCGGAUGUGUUGGCACACUUCAACGAGUCGGUCAAGACCUCUGCAAUCCCGCAGCAGCAACUCGCUACCCAAAUCAACAAGGAGUCUCUCGACGGACCGGACUGGUUGACGGUCCAUUCGGGCAACAGGGACGGCCAGGUGAAGAUGAUAAAGGAGGCCGAUGGUUCCGUCACUGCGCAUCAGUGGUCCUCCAGCGAACAGAAAUGGAUUGCCGUUGGCACCGUCGUCGAAUCUGCUGUCAAUACGCAAAAGGUCAUGCAUGAAGGCAAAGCAUACAACUAUGUUUUCGACGUCGACAUCGAAGACGGCAAACCUCCGCUGAAGCUUCCCUACAACGUCUCGGAAAACCCUUACGACAGCGCUACAAAAUUCCUCUCCGACAACAACCUUCCCAUAUCUUACCUUGAGAGCGUCGCAAACUUUAUCGUUGAGAACACGAAAGGGGUCACCCUCGGUCAAAACGCCGGUGAACAGCCAACAGAUCCCGAUCCUUAUGGCACCAACUCUCGAUACCGACCGGGCGAUGGCGAUGUCUCUCAGCCCGCCAAAACCAAGUACCUACCGCACGAAGAGUACAUCACCCUGACCCAGGCCAAGUUCGAGCCCAUCCAGAAGAAGAUACUGUCCCUCAAUGCGGACCUCAUCAAGAGCGGCGACAAGGAUUUUGCACUAAAUCCUUCCGAGGAGGCCAUUCUCGGCCGCCUCACCACUACCCUCAGCUCUGUAACCCCGGGCAAGCCCCUCGAUAUUCCAGAUGAAGCCGUCAGGCUGGUUAUCAAACUAACCACCAAAUGGUCCUACCCCAACCGCCUUCCCGGCCUCGACCUUAUCCGCUGCAUGGCUCCAUCCCCCUCCGUCGCCACCCUCUCCAUCCCCGGCGUCGGCAACAUCGUCCAGGCGGUCCUAUCGGCGGCCCUCGAGCCAGACAACCCGACCCUCCGGAUCAACGACAACAGCGUGAUGAUGGCCCUCCGCGCCAUCACCAACCUGUUCGUCACGCCGCAGGGCCGCGCCGUAGCCGCCCGCGAGGCAGCCACCGUCGUCGCGGCCAUGGAGCGCAUCGCCGGGGAGACGCCGUCAGCGGGCGGGCCGAUCGGCGCCACGAACCGCAACGUGCAGAUCGCGCUGACGUCGGUGGCGUUCAACUACGCGUGCCUAGCGUACGGGCAGUCCAAGGGCGGACCCGAUGCCGCGGCGGAGACGGUCGGCCCCGAGACGCUGCUCCUGCUGUGCAACGUGCUCGGCAAGACGCUGCGCGAGCAGGGCGACGGCGAGGUGGCGUACCGGGCACUGAUGGCGCUGGGCAUGGUGCUGUGCGUCGGCGGCGAGGUGCGCCGGACGGCGGGCGCGCUGGACGCGGCCGGGUGGGUGCGCGGGGCGGUCGACCGCGCCGCCGAGGGCCGCGUCAAGGAUGUUGGGGCCGAGUGUCUUUCUCUGUUGCGCUGAUGGGGGGGGGCCGGGUGGCGGGCAUCUCGGUGGGGAUGGGAUGGAUGCCUAGCUAGAUGGGCUAGGUAGGGUGCCUGGCAAUGUGUCGGCGAUCUUGGCUUGGCACACUGCAUCAUUGGGAAUUGGCUUUGUUAGUUCAUAAACCGUUACGUUACGAUAGACGAAUGCAUAGAGCUCCGCAUCCAAGUGGUGGGAGAAGUGUAGGGAAACAGGUGCUUCAAGCUGAUGACGUGUGUAGAGAGACUCGACUCGUCAUUGCUCCGUUCGGAAUAUCAUCACCGAUUCACACAAGACAGAGCUAACGAUACCACUCGUGAAUUUAUCUGGCUUCUAUAUACAGCCGGAACGGCCGCGCGUUUCGUCCAUCCUACCCCCGACUCGCCGAGUCUGAAAGGUAGGCC